AUGUUUCCAGAUGUGUUUUUUCUUUCGAAAUUACUUUGUGCAAUUUUUAUUUUAUUUUUAAAUUCUAAAUUACUUUACUUAUUUAAAAAUUGCGCUCAUGAAUUGAAUGCUGAUGUACCCAAUGUAGUUAAGUCGUUGCACAUUCAUAAAUGUCUAAAAAAUGGAUAAGGUUUGGCUCCCAUAUAAGAAAACCACAUUUAAAUUAUGGUUGUUCUUAUGAAUUUUUCUGGCAUGUGGUGUGAUGAAGUAAAUCAUGGCACCCCACUACAAUCUAAAAAGUCUUAAAAGUGAAUAUUACAGAUCACCUUAACAUAUGAUGAUUGAUGAUGCCUACCUAACAAGCAAAAGACUUUCUAGAAAUUCAUGCUUUCAACAGGUAUUAGUCAAAUACAAUACAAGAGCCUCCACUAGUUCAACUUGAUGAGACUCCUUAUCUCAUCAUGAUCCAAGAUUGGUUCAUUAUGUUGAUAAAUGAUUAAGUCAUUGAAUUUGUUGAUCAUUCCCAUCUUUCUUGACAUCACCUUUUGCUUCUUGUUCUAGUCUUGCUUUGCUGCGAAUCUUGUUUCUCUCUACCAGUUAGAUCAAUAUUUUUUAUAUCAUUAUGUUGGAGAAAGAUUUUCCCGAAGGAUGUUGGGAAUCAAUAUUCAGAUUCCUUGGCCAAGGAAAUGAUUUGGAGCCUGUUUCUGUUGUCUGCAAGCAGUUCCUUUCUAUUACAAACCGGAUUAGAGUUUCUCUAACAAUACGUAAUCCGACCAUUAUAUUCCUUCCUCGGCUACUCUCGAGGUUUUUACGGCUCAAAGUCAUCGACCUCAGUCACUUCACUGGUGAAUUAGAAGGCUUGCUUCGUCAAAUUUCAGAAUCUGGGCUGGACCUAGAUUUGGUUAAUGUUUCCAACCAGAAAACACUUCCUGUCGAUGGGUUGCGAGAACUUGGUUCAAAGAUAAUAAACUUACGAGUUUUGAUUUGCUCAAACAUUGGUUCUCUUCGUGAUAGCCAUCUAAUAAUCAUAGCUUAUUGUUUCCCAUUCCUUAAAGAGCUUAAUAUUAGCUUUCCAUUGGAUUCUCAAGUAUCUGAUUUUGGGAUACUAAAGCUAUCUACCAUGCUUGAGAAUCUACACAAGAUUGAUCUUUCCGGCAAUCACUUGGUUACUGAUAAAUCCCUUUUGUCUCUAUGCCAGAAUUGCAGAUCAUUAGAAGAAAUUUCAUUUUUCACAUGUUUUAAGAUAACACAAUUUGGAAUUGCUUCUGCGUUCCGAAUGAGACCAUCUUUGGCUUCCAUUUCCUUCAACAUUGAAAAGAAACGAAUACACGGACCUGGUUUGACGCCCGUGCCCAUUAGCAUGGAUUUGAUCGAUUCACUCGCGAGUUUGAAAAGAUUAAAUGCUGUUGAUUUGUCAAACUCUUUUAUCUCAGAUGAGUUUCUUAUCUCACUUGCAGACAGUGCUGGUAAUUUUCUGAAGAAGCUUGUCCUCCAUGAUUGUUGCAACUUUACAUUUUCAGGAAUCUCUUAUGUGUUGUCCAAAUGUCAAUAUAUUCAAUGCUUAGAUCUUCGAAAAGCCGACUUUCUUACGGAUCAAUGUAUCAAGAAGUUAUCAAUGUUUCUUCUUAACUUGACCUCUAUAAACCUUAGUGGGUGUUGCCAGCUGACAAACGCAACCUUUUUCAUUCUCACAAAAAAUUGUCGGUUACUCAAUGAGAUCAAAAUGGAGAGAACAUAUAUUGGGGUAGACGGGGAGGAAGAUUUCAAUUCCAUUUCAGAUUUUCUCAUCAACCUUCAAGUGAAAGCGGUUUAUUUCGGUGAUAAUGUUUUACUGAAUGAUGUAAGUUUAUCAAAUUUUUCUUCCAUUUGUCCCAGUUUACAAAUUCUCGACUUAAAUGCUUGUGAGGGUAUCUCUGAAGAAUGUGUUGUUGAGGUUAUCAAGAGAUGUAGUAAGAUAAGACAUUUAAACCUUUCCUGUACAGGAAUUGAAAAGUUUGAGAUAAACUUUGAAAUUUCACAAUUAGAGGUGUUGAAUUUGUCAGGGUUGAGAAUUGAAGAUGACACAUUGUUCAUAAUCUCGAAAUUGUGCAUUGGACUAUUGUUUCUGGACAUCCAAAAUUGUUGCUAUAUUACAACAAAGGGUGUGAGGGAAGUAAUAGAAAAUUGCAGAGGAUUGAAAGAGUUAAAUUUAAAGAAUUGUUGUUUGGUGGAUGACGAUUUUGUUUUUAUGCUAACUCUUACAAAUCCAUCUUUGAGAACAAUAAUCACACCUUCUGGUGUUGAUGUUUAUUACUGAAUAGAAGUAGAAGAAUUUGAAUGUGACAUAUAUCAUAUCUUGUUUGUUAUGUGUUGUAUUUUUUUAAUAAUAAAAGCUUUGUGUGUGUGGAUUGCAUUCUUGUGAGGAAAGAAGUUUCAAAUGUUUCUCUCUGUA